CCGUGCCGGAGCCCCAGCUACGAAGUCCGGCCGCACGAGAGGAAGAUGAACAGCCCCAGGUCAGAGCCUCAGGCCGAGCGGACACCGAGCCGACCCCAGGGCUCCGCGAGCGGCCUCAGCGACACGCACCAGCUCCGGUAGCCGUGCGUUCUGCCGCCUCGGGGGAGGAGGGCGGCUGGAGCCGCGGACCCGCGUUCCGAGCCACCUGCGCGCGCGGCUGCACACCUGGGAGCUGCCGGGGCCCGGCGGACCGCGUCUGCGGGCUGUCUGCCCAGGCCGACACUCGCCGCAGAAGAAAGGAGGGUGGGGGGAAUUAAAGAAGAAACCCAAGACCAGUCUUUAUUGAUCCACCCGAGGUCCCUCUUUGCUCUUCAAGUUUCUGAAAGCUCAUCGCAGUUCCGGAAAAGUGGCCGUCGCUGACAGCCGGCUCGGAGAAGGCAGCAGGCGGGGCGAGGUCCUGGGCGAGCCGGGCGAGGCUGAAGGCAAGCUGGAGGGGGUGUGAGCUCGGGGAUCUCCCCUGGGCUGCUCCCCCGCGGCGCAUCGCUCCAGACCCAACUCCUUCCACCCGCCAAGGCUGCACCAGGCCGCCCGCCGUCAUGUCCACCCCGGGGGUCAACACGUCCGCUUCCCCCUCCGCGGCCGAGCGGCUCAACAGCCCGGUGACCAUCCCCGCGGUGAUGUUCAUCUUCGGGGUGGUGGGCAACCUGGUGGCCAUCGUGGUCCUGUGCAAAUCGCGCAAGGAGCAGAAGGAGACGACGUUUUACACGCUGGUGUGCGGCCUGGCCGUCACUGACCUGCUGGGCACGUUGCUCGUGAGCCCGGUGACCAUCGCCACGUACAUGAAAGGCCAGUGGCCCGGGGAGCAGCCGCUGUGCGAUUACAGCACCUUCAUCCUCCUCUUCUUCGGCCUGUCGGGGCUCAGCAUCAUCUGCGCCAUGAGCAUCGAGCGCUACCUGGCCAUCAACCACGCCUACUUCUACAGCCACUACGUGGACAAGCGGCUGGCCGGCCUCACGCUCUGCGCCGUCUAUGUAUCCAACGUGCUGUUCUGCGCGCUGCCCAGCAUGGGCCUGGGCCACUCGCAGCGCCAGUACCCGGGCACCUGGUGCUUCAUCGACUGGACCACCAACGUGACGGCCUACGCCGCCUUCUCCUACAUGUACGCGGGCUUCAGCUCCUUCCUCAUCCUCGCCACCGUGCUGUGCAACGUGCUGGUGUGCGGCGCGCUGCUCCGCAUGCACCGCCAGUUCAUGCGCCGCACCUCGCUGGGCACCGAGCAGCACCACGCGGCCGCCGCCGCCGCCGCCGCCGCCGCCUCGGCCGCCGGCCGGGCUCACCCCGCCGCGUCCCCCGCCCUGCCGCGCCUCGGCGACUUCCGCCGCCGUCGGAGCUUCCGUCGCAUCGCGGGCGCCGAGAUCCAGAUGGUCAUCCUGCUCAUCGCCACCUCGCUGGUGGUGCUCAUCUGCUCCAUCCCGCUGGUGGUGCGAGUGUUCAUCAAUCAGUUGUAUCAGCCCGCGGUGGUGCGCGACAUCAGCAAGAACCCAGACCUACAGGCCAUCCGCAUCGCCUCGGUGAACCCCAUCCUGGACCCCUGGAUUUACAUCCUGCUGCGGAAGACGGUGCUCAGCAAGGCCAUGGAGAAGAUCAAGUGCCUCUUCUGCCGCCUGGGCGGCUCGCGCGGGGAGCCCUCGGGCCCGCCCUGCUCCGAGGCCCGGAGGACGUCGUCGGGCCUGUCGCACGCCUCGCGCUCCUUCCUGGCGCGCGAGCUGCAGGAGCUCAGCAGCACGUCGCAGACGCUCCUGUGCCUGCCCGAGCUGAGCGACAGCGCCCCGGGCGGCCGGACGCUGCUCCCGGGCGCGCCGGCCGGCAGCCUGCCCCGCGCCCACAGCAGCUCGCUGAGGACCUUGCGGAUGUCCGACACCUCCGACUCCUCGCAGGGCCCCGACUCCGACAGCGUCCUGCUGGUGGACGAGCUGGGGGCGCCCAGGCCCGUGGGGCCUGCCCCCAAAGGCAGCGCCCUGCAGGUCACCCUGCCCACCUUCCCACUGAACGCGGCUGAAAAAUGUAUAUAGUUACCAAAGGGGGCGGGGGGGGGGGGGAGGAUCCGGGGGGGAUCCAUGCAGCACUGAUCCUGGAACUAAUCAAAUCAAAUAAGUCCUGUGCAAUAGACACGUCGUGGAAGUGCUCAGCCAUGCUGGGAAGGGCCGCCGGGCCUGCUGCGCACACACUGGAGAAGGCCCAGGCCCAAGCUGCCAAAUGAUUGACAGGAGUCCAGAGGCUAGAAGCAUGGGUCCUCCCCCCCCCCCCCCCACACACACACACCCCAACCGUGGUCACUUGGGGGUGGCAGUCACCACUGGAUGGCUGAACCCGGUUAUCCACCGGCUGGGAGGAUGGGGGACGUGAUGCUAUUUUUCUUAACACCAAGAACUUCUCAUGGGCACACAUCAGAGGGCUCUAUGCCAGUAAACGGUGGCUGAUUUGAAGUGUCUCACUAAAGCAUGAAAUGUGAAUUUUUAUCAUUGUAAAUAUGGUUUAAGGUAUUUAUUUUCUUCUCUGUGAGAAGGUUGAUUGUUAAUACAAGGUAUAAUUAAAUGAUGGUAACCCCUCUCUUGUCAGUGUAACCAGCUGCAGUCUCCGGUGUUAUUUUCUUUUUCUCUCUUUUUCCAUAAACAACCAAGGAAUUUGUGGAAGAUUUGAUUAAAUGAACAUCUAUAAAAUAGAUGUUUCUAAGAGUUUGGUAUUAUUGAAAAAAUAAAAGAUUGUUUAAUAUGUGAAAAUUGCAGUCUAAAAUAUAAUUAUUUCCAAGCUAUAGAGAAUAGUUUUUUAAACAAAGAUUUUAGUGUCAUUACCUUUAUUUAUCCAGAGAAUUGUGAUUUCAGAACUUAAUGCCCUGGUAAAUAUUUUCAAUGUUUGUCUCUGCUGAUUGGUACUUUUAAAAAUGUAAUGUAAUUUGUUCUCAAAAAUUUAGUAGUUUCCCCAUAACUGAAGUGUAUAAUACAGACACCAAAAUGUCUAGGCAGGUUUUUCUCCCCCUAACAGUGUGCAUAGUCUUAUGUGCUUGAGGAAUGACCUAGAACAACCUUUAAAAUGUAAGAGGAAGACAAGUUGCCCCACAAAUACCUUCGAGUUGUGGGAGAAUGUUGGGCAUGGUUAAAUUCACAACAUGUAUGUGUCUGAAGAGUUGAUGUGUAUAAGGUUCAGCACUUGUACAGUUUGGGAUGACACCCUGUAUGCUGCACAGAUAUUUGAAGAGCUGUUAUCAAAGAAUAUUAAGCAUGUUUUGUUCCUGAAAGUGUUUUUGUGAAUUGGUUGGUUGUGACAGAGUUCUGAGCCUGAUAGUGACAUGAUGUUAAGAAGCAGUUGUUACAAUUGAAAUUGUUUUGGAGGUGACAGUAAAUAAAUGCGUUCAAUCUAA